AUGUUGAUCCAAGAGAGUCACAAAGAUGUGGCAACGAAGGCGGAUGGCAAAGAGGGUUCCAUGAUCACUGGACCUGUUGCGAGAUUUGCUCGACAGAUUGCCGGCCAAGGCUAUAUCGUCGCGGCACCUUCAUCCUACCACGAGUUUACUGGACCCGAAGCCCUGGCCUAUGAUGGACCGGGAACAGAUGCCGGUAACGAAUGGAAGAUCAAGAAGACACUAGCAGGUUACGACGAAGACGCAACCCUCUCAAUCGACCACCUCCUUUCUCUCAAAACUUGUAACGGCAGAAUCGGCAGUACAGGCAUGUGUCUCGGCGGCCACCUCGCGUACCGCUGUGCUCUUGACCCCCGCGUCUCAGCAGCAGUCACCUACUUCGCGACUGAUCUGCACAGCGCGACCCUCGGUCUCGGUAGAAAAGACGACAGCCUAGCACGCGCAAGUGAGAUCAAGGCUGAGCUGGCUAUGAUCCACGGAACGCUCGAUAACCACGUGCCUCCCGAGGGACGGGAUCUGAUCAGGAAAACUCUGAGGGAGAAGGGGGUGAUUUUCAGCUGGUACGAGGUUGCUGGUGCUCAACAUGCCUUUAUUCGCGAUGAGCUCUCAAAAGGUCGCUAUGACCCAGCAAUCACGAAGAUCUGUUUUGAGAUCUUGCUGGAGCUGUUCGGCCGCACGCUGAAGCUGGAUCUCGGUGCUCAUGACGGAGUUGAGCAGAAGAUUGAGGAUAUCUGCUAG